AUGGCUGGGGAUACGCAAUCGCAUUUUCUCUGCUCGCCUUGCCAGAGCUUCAUUAGCUGGACAAAAACUCCAAACUUGCCAUCAGAUGCCUACUUUGUGGUACCAUACAAGGCGAGCUUUGAAGCUCUCGAAGCUUCAGCGGCUCAAUGCCCCCUUUGUCAAUACGUUUGCCGAGAUGUUUUGAACGGGAAACCGCGUUAUAACGGCUAUGAACCAACUGAAGUGUCAUACAGAAUAUUUGCAGAGGUCAAAAUUAGUUCGGGAAGACGUUUGAUCAAUGUCACCUGGGUGGAAGACCUUCCAUUUCCGAGCGCAGGCCCUAGAGACCCGGUGUAUUAUCUUGCACAUCCUGAGAGUGUAAAAACUAGAGUUAUGUGGCAAGAAAGUGUGCCUUCGUUUGAGUCUCGCCUCAAGGCCAUUUCGAUAUGGCUAUCCUACUGCGACUGUCACCAUAUGCGGUGUGUGGAAAGGCCAUCUGUUAUGCCACGAAGGCUUCUGGACUUGAAAGAUGCCGAACGAUCAAAAGUGGUCAGGUUGAUUGAGACUUCUACUACCGUUGGCGUAGAUAUUCGUUAUGCUACUCUUAGUCACUGCUGGGGACCCAAAACCUCCAAGCCGCCACUAAAGACCACUUCCGACAAUAUAAAUUACCACUUUAAAGGUAUACCAUUGGAUGAUUUGAACCUGAACUUCAAGGAUGCUGUCUUGAUCUCCAUCAAGCUUGGUGUCCAGUACAUAUGGAUAGACUCUCUCUGCAUCAUCCAAGAUAACUCUAGCGACUGGGAAAUUGAGGCAGAAAAGAUGGCAGACAUAUACCGCCAAAGUUAUAUCAAUCUGGCUGCCUCUGCUGCACAUGAUGCUCAUGGAGGCAUGGUCGAUUUAUCUUCCAUGUAUAUCUCCAAGGCUAUACCUACCGCCGUAAUUCGUUAUCGCUCAACCGACGCAACUGUACGACAUACAGCAGACGUACCAGACGACGAACUCAUGAUCAGGCCUUCAUCGCUGAAACAAGAGUACCGCGAUCUUCUGUCCUAUAAAACGUCUCCAUACUUUGCAAGGGGCUGGGUUCUUCAAGAAGUUGCACUGGCGCCGCGAACAAUAUAUUUCACAACUAAUCAAAUCAUGUGGCAGUGUCGAGAACUUUUUGAGUCAGAGGAUGGAACAUGGUCUGCCGAGAAUGUGAUUCCCGCGCUAGAUUACAGUUUUUCUGUUGAGAACUGCUUCGACUUUACAAGCAAAGUCCGGGCUUAUAACCUAUGGCAGAUGUGGCUGAAGUCCUAUGCGACACGAGAACUCACAUAUUCUUCCGAUGCGGCAGCGGCAGCAGCAGGUUUAAUUAAUUACUAUAAGUCCGCUACCGGUCAUACACCCAUGCUUGGACUAUGGAAAGAAACGCUGUACGCCGAUUUGAAGUGGGCCAUUCGGGGUCGUCCGUUCAAGGGCACUGAGCCAUCGCAUUCACGCCCAGCAAGCAACUUUCCGUCUUGGUCUUGGUUAUGCAUGCUUCCCCGUGGUCAAUCUGGGACGGGGUUUCAAAAUGUUAUAUUUCAUGACAAGAUAAUCCCGUCUCUUCGCAUUGAAGAAUAUGAAGAGAAGUGGAGCGGCCCGGCAUUUACAUCGAAGCUUGAGUAUGCAAAGCUAGUGAUUUCAACAAUGGCGCAGGACGGCGUGCUUUCUUUUACCAAGAAGGGGGAUGCAACGAUUGAAGUGAAUGGAAGCUGUGUUUGGCAACAAUACCCAACAAUCGAAUAUGAACUACCCCAGAGAUCAGAAUAUGCCGUUAAACUAGCUCAUAUCGAACAGAUCAUAUAUCGGCACAAGGACGGGAAAGCAUAUCAAUACCGUGAUGGCUUUCUUGUCCUGAGAUUAGCGGCAAACAAUCCUCCGCGCUACGAGCGACUCGGGUAUGGCGAACUGGACUGCUUCUCAAUAGACGACAGUGUGGAUAGACCGGGCCCGACGGGCCACUUGGAGAGGCAUUUUAAGGAGUCAGACCGGCAGAGCAUUGAACUAGUGUAG